AUGUAUCGAUAUAAUAAGAGUUCUCCCCUUGAACGGACACCAGAAAAACGAGUAAGUCGUCACGAAAGCCAGCGUAAGAGCAUUGAAUUGCCAAAACUGCCACCAUUGAAUACGAGGAACUCCUUUUUAGAUGAUUCUGAUAAUGGAACAGACAACAUCUCAAUUGGCUGGACGCCAAUCAGCGAUACCCAGCAGUUCCAAAGUCCAGUCCCUCAGGCCUUUGCCUUUACAUCGAAACAUCAUGUCAGGGGGAACGGUACUAGCUCUUCAGAAUCUACACCUAAAUCAACGAAGUAUGUUAAGGAAAGACGGCCACCGCCACCACCACCCCUUUUGAAUUCUACUGAAUCAAUACGCAUAGACUCACCGGUGGCUUCUCCCAGAUCUCGGUCCCGGGAAAGAUCGCCUAAUAAACUACCCUUUGUAGGAGACUUAGAGGAACGGCAUCAUGUGGAUUACAUGUCUAACCAUUCCAGGAUCUUGAAAUCACCGUUUGUGAAUGGUUUUAGUUCACAUUCUUUUAAAUCUCCAACAGAUGGUGGCAAAUUGCAGGCUCAGUUCUCUGAUGAAUCAGACCUCCGGUGCCAUGAAAGAGAAAAAGCUUUACCCCCAAUUCCUUCCACUACUACCCUUUUACUAUCUCCUUUUGACGAGGAAGACUCAGAAUUUUUUACGAAGCCACCACCGCCUCUAUCAACAUCCAGAAAUAUAAGUGGGCAUAGCCGAGUAUCAGAAACCCUAGAAAGUGUUUAUUCUGAUUCAGAUUAUACUUUUAAUAACUCAAAUGCUAGGCAAAGUAGUUUUAACUCUUUACUGGGAGCCAAGCCAUUAGAAUUAGCACCAAGCAUUACUGCACCGACACAACCGUUUUCAAUCCAAUCAAUCGAUGAGCACAAGCUUUAUCAGUGUGAUAAUGUUUACCAACUAUCUGCCAUUUAUGAGUGGAUUUUGAAAGUUUAUUUUGAAUGGUAUAAUGAAUGUGUUUUCACAAAAAUCGAUCUUUUCCAAAUAGUUCAAUUGCUCUUAGAGUUUCAAAUGCCUACGAAUUUCGACCAAGAUACAAUAGACUCAAAUGUGGAUAAUAUUAUGGCUUCGCUUAUCACUCAGAAAGCAGUAAGAUUUGAUAUCAUUAACGAUGAAGAGGUAGCCGUAGUUGUGGGGGGCCUGGAUAUUGCUGGUAUCUUUUCCGAGCUAUUGCCGUGCUAUUCAUUCAUCGAUAAUACUUAUGGUUCUAACAAUUCCUUGAUUUGUUAUUCCAAUAUGUGUACACAUGGACAAAGCUCUGGCUUUAGAAAAGAAAUAAAACUUUCUGAAAUCAUAAAUAAAUCUGUUGGACUUUGGACAGAAUACUGGCACCUGACCCCAGAUGAUUUAGCAGAAAUCAAUCCUCGUGAAGUACAGAGACAAAGUUUUAUAUUCGACUUAAUUAUCUUAGAAGAAAGAUCCUUGAAUAUGGCCACUGCCGCUGUGGAAAUCUAUGGGAAACGAUUCGACAAAUCCCUACUUCCAGAUGAGCCUGAGUUCAAGGCAUUGGCAUUUGACAUCUUCGAACCUCUCAUACAAUUACAUACUGAAUUUCUUUUGACGCCAAUAUUUUGGAAGUUGAAAACAAGAGGUAAGUUUAUUGAUGGCAUUGGAAAAAUUUAUUCAAAAUGGUGUGGUGAAGCAAAGAAUAUAUAUUUGAACUAUGCGAAGGCUAUGGCAACAGUACACGAAAUAAUAAUGUGGGAGAAAAAGAAAAAGACAAGAUUUGUUGCAUGGCUUAAGGAAAUUGACAAUUCGGUUGAAAUUACAAGAUCGAAGAUGUAUCAUGACGUUAUAUUCUUUGGGGGAUUUUUCAAGUCUCUGCAGAACAUGCCUGUAACUUUGCGCUCGAUAUUGAAGAAUACAGAUCCUUCCAUGGAAGAUUAUGAAUACCUGAAAAUAGUAAUUAAGGAUGUUGAAAAGUUGAACUUUGAGGUCAAUCGGGUACAUGGAUUAGCAAUUGACCAUAGGAAACUCGUAAGAUUUUCGAAACAGUUAGUAUUAAGUACUAAUAGUAGUAAUGCAACAAGUUAUGUGAACGUCGGUGGCAGUACCAAUGUAAAUGACGGUGGUGCCAUUCAGGAUAAACUGGCCCUUGGCCUAACUUAUCCGGAAAGGAAGCUGGUACUAUCUGGGACUGUUUACAAAAAGAGGGAUUUAUGGCUGGAUCCAACCCCGGUGUAUAUCGCAUUAUUGGACAAUUGCUUGCUAAUCACAGAGGAAAUAAGUAAAGGGGAAUCUCAAAAAUAUAAGCUUAUCGAAAGACCUAUCCCUAUAGAUUAUUUAAGUCUCGAGAAGAGGAGAAUUCCAGAAACAAAUAAACAACCUCUGAGAAACUACUCUCAAAGAGAACACAAAUCUCCAAUGCAUAAUUUCUCAACGCCGAUUAGUUCCAUGAGGCCUUUACUGAAAAGUUCUGGAAAUCACAUGUCAACGACGUACGGAGAUAGGAAAACGAGUAACACUGAGAUUUCUAAUGCGAAUCCAAACACUGAUGAAUUUUCAUUUAAGAUCAGAAACACAGCCACAGGUGAAUCGUUCAAAUUUUUUACAGGAAGUGUAGAAGUACUUAACCAAUGGAUUGACGCUAUCAUGGAAUCUUUUAAAAGGAAUGCUGAAAAUCACGAUUUAAAUGCCUUUGAAUUCACAGUGUUGAGCUCUGAAUUUGCGUACUUCGACAAGGAUGCGCCGGUAAAUCUACCUGUAGCUCCAGAAGGAUCAGAAAUCGACGUAGCGCUCAAAGCUUAUGCUGAAAAAGUGGACCAGGAUUCAUGCUCAUGGAGUAAGACAACGCGGAUUCUUUGUUGUGAAGAUGUCAAAUUUGAGGGUAGAAUUUACCUAUUUGUGGCUACAACCGACGGUGUCCAUGUGAAAUUUAGAGACGAUUACAGUAAUGGCUUUGUUAAAAUAUUAGAAUUAAACGACGUCAAAAGAAUGGAAGCUAAUGUUAAGCUGGGACUUUUGUUUGUAUUGGAUAACAGGAAGCUAUGCUAUUUUAGUAUCUCAACUGUGGUGAGCCGUUGCCUGGCGCAAAAAACCCCGGCAGAUGAAAAGUUCAUUGCGGGAAUAGUAAUUAGAGAUAAGGUAAGGUUCUUCAAAAUUGCUGAUGAUUUCGGUAAUUCCAAGCAUUUAUUUUUUGAAAGAAAGGGGAAGAUAGUUAUAUUAACACCAGAAUUUGAUCAAUUGACAAAUAAAGUAAAAUAUUUUAAAUUCUACAAGGAGUAUAAGCUUCCAAGUUCAAGUAAUAACAUUCUGAAUAACGAAAUUGAGGAUAUUGCCAUAUUCAGGAAAAGUUUUGCGGUUUGUACAAAGAAAACAGUCAUACUUUAUCAAGAUUCAUUCGAGGAUAACGGAAUAGUCUUACCAUCUUUUUUGAAUGAUAAAGAAAUGAUGGCGCACUUGAGGCAUCCUCAUUUGAAUAAUUUACCAUUCAAAAAUGUUAUAGACUCCAAGAAGCGCCCCUCCAUAGAAUCGCUUACUGAAGAAGCAAAAAAGGAUAUUGCUACUUGCAAGGCUAUACCGGUGAAUUUUUUUCAAAUAUCACAGUCUAGAUUCUUUGCCUUAGUCUAUGACGAAGCCGUAGUGAAAAUAAAUUGCUACGGUGAGAUGUCUGAUUGGAGAAAGGAUAUUCUCCUACUUGACUUUUGUUGUACAGGGGCGAGCUUCCAUGGUAAUCAUUUGAUUCUUGUUGGCGAUAAUUUGAUACAGAUUUAUGACUUAAAAAAUGUUGAGCAGGACCUAGGCGAAUUAGUCCCCAUCCAGAUCAUCAAAGGAAAAAAGAUAAAGCUGGCUAGUUCAGAAAGGAGGGAGAAAACAAUUCUUGCAUUGAGUCAUCCGAAUAUACUUAAUAGACAACUAUUGGUUGCGUGCAACCCUGUAACCAUGGCAGAUCACCAAUAA